ACCGCGUUCAGUUCGCGCGCGCGAUUUCCCUUCUCUCUUUCAAGCUCAGUUCUUUACGGUUUUUUUAACAGAAAUUUUAAGAUUAAACAAAGUUACUCCAACGAUGGGAUCCGUAUCUCAUCAGAAGAUAUCAACUCGGUUGAUCAUCUUCCUGAUGCUGAUAGCAGGUACGGGCCUCAUACCGCACACGGUCCGAGCCAUCACGAUCACCACAACGGACGCCAUGCUGGAGUCCACCCAGACGACCAUUCCGGCGUCGGCCAUCGUGGACGAAACGACCGCCCACAGCGAAAAGUCCGACCUGGUGGAGGCGGAAACGAAGGACCCGAAGAAGCUGGAGAUCAUCAAGCAGAUUAGGAAGUUUAACAACGAUGGAUCGUAUACGGUGGGGUACGAAGCGGAAGACGGGACGUUCAAGAUCGAGAGUCGGGACGUGCUGGGGAAUAUCAAGGGGACGUACGGGUACGUUGACGAGAAUGGACAGAUUCAGCGGGUGCAGUACAAUGCGCAUAACAAUACGGGGAUUAAGACGAUGGCACCGCCUCCGGUGACGGAAGAUGUGGUUCACAUUCCACCGAGGUACAACCGGACGUAUAUGGGUGCUCCGACCACACGACGACCUCCGAUGUACUUCUCGAGCACUUCCGCACCGCAAAGAACCAGCGUGAUCCAGACGAUUCCGAGGAAGCGAUCGCACACAACUUCUACAACGGAGAAGAGUACGUCUAGGGCUGCGGACACGACUUCGUCGUACGAACCUACGACCGCAUCGAGUCACAGCACGUCUGUGCAGACGUCAAAACCGCUGCUGAUCAUCCGUCCGACGCCACUUCCGUUGACGGCCAAGACGCUGGAACAGCUGGUGCGACCGGAGAAGCAGGAAAGCGAGCACAUUUCGAAGAUCUACGCAAAAUCGGCAUCGAUGAGACCGAAGGAGAGCGAGAAGAAGGCGGUUCGAGGAAACUUCCUGAGGAGACAGCUUCCACAGGAAGAUUCCGGUGAGGAGCAGUACGAAGCUCAGCAGCAGGUCGUUUACGGACAGUCCGCUGGCGAAGAGAUUUCCAACCUGUUCGGAUCGACACCCCCAGGGUUGAGACCGAUCUACACAACCACUCCAGCUCCAAGAAUUCCUGCAGCUGUGCUUGCGGCACGUCAACGAGCUGCCCAGAUUCAGAACGUGCUGAACGAGAGAGCUGUGACAACGACUGAGCGAACAUACGCGAAACCACCCCGGAAGCAGGAACCUGCCGCAGUGAUGUACGAACCGGCUACGGAACCGUCGUCGGAAACCAGCUACGUUACGGAUAUGCCGCUGGUGCAGAUUCCUGCAAACUCCAACCGGGAAGUGGCGGAAGCUGCCGAAGAAGAACGACGAGUGUAUCGACCACGACCGAUUGAGUUCCGACCACGAGAAAAUUACCGCUACCUGCCGACUCAGGAUCGUCCUGAGAGAUACCGAGUUCCGUUGGGAAUCCCACCACAAGCCCGUGCAUUCCCAGGUGCCGAGCAACAACAGCAACAACAAUACAUCCGGGAACCUCAGCGAGGACAUCCGCUUGCUCCGGAAAACUAUCCCGAUGAGGAGAUCAACAACAUCGCGUACCGUCAACAGCGCCGACCUCAGGGUCCUCCUCCACCACCUCAGUACGCCCAAACCCAGCAGGAAUCUCCAUCCGUCGGCAACGUCCCCAACGGCCACAGCUACCCGCAGCAAUCCUAUCAGGUCCCCUACUCCUACAACCCGUACCGAAACCCCUACCAAUCCCCGGCCGUCAGCCCGUACUACGACUUCCCGGAACGCCCCCUCACGACCCGCGACUUCGAGCGCAUCCUCCAGAUCCUGAUCUUCCGCCACCAGCAGAUCCAGCAGCAGCAGGCCUACCGCUUCGGCGGUGGUUACCAGAACCCCUACUACGGAGGACCCUCCCUCGCCCCUCCCUUCGUCCCACCUUACGGCGGAGCCGGCGGCUACCCUGCCCAAAUCCCACGACCACCGUUUUACAACGCCGCCCCAACCGGCGCCGGAUACUUCGACCCCCGCUACCAGAACCCACUGUACAGCCCAACGACCGGAAGUCGGCAGCAGCAAACUCCACCCUCGGCGGGGGCAUCCGCCGACUACCAGCAGCCCGACCAAGCCGCCGGUUACGAAAUCUCCCGACUCACGCCACGGCGAAGACAGUUUGGCCCGCGUGCCGAUCACGACUACCAGGGUACGGCCGCUCCGGAGCUGAUUCCGUCUGACGUGCGGGAGGACCUGCUGUACCGGAUGCUGAUGCUGGCAAUUCAACCGGGACUGGACGGUGGAGCGGGGCCCGGUCUGUUUGGAGGGGGAGGAGCUGCAGGAGGAUUGGGUGGGUUUGGCGGUGGUGGGCUUGGCAUUGGCGGUGGCGGACCGGGACUGCUUCCGGCCGGAUCCGUACCCCGGAGGCAGCAGGCACCGGCAGAAGCGGCCACCCAGCAGCCAACGGGCUACAGCAAGAAGCCGGUUCGGAGUGUACAAAUUUUGGGGGAGGAGUGA